GAAUGUAAAAUAAAGUAUUCCGAAAGUGUUUAUGAUGCUUGUAUGGAAUCUUUUGACGCUCUUCCUUUAGCUGCUUUAAUGAAUCAACAAUUUUUGUGCGUACAUGGAGGUCUCUCACCCGAAAUUCAUACUCUUGACGAUAUAAAGAAGUUGGAUCGCUUUAAAGAGCCACCAGCUUUUGGGCCAAUGUGUGAUCUUUUAUGGUCUGACCCACUCGAGGAUUUUGGUAAUGAGCGAAAUUCAGAACAAUUCUCUCACAAUUCCGUACGUGGGUGCUCAUACUUCUACAGUUAUUCUGCUUGUUGCGAUUUUCUUCAACAUAAUAAUCUCCUUUCAAUCAUUCGUGCACAUGAAGCACAGGAUGCCGGAUAUAGAAUGUACAGAAAGUCGCAGGCCACCGGAUUUCCGUCGCUUAUAACUAUUUUCAGUGCUCCCAACUAUUUGGAUGUAUACAAUAAUAAAGCUGCCAUCCUCAAGUACGAGAACAAUGUUAUGAACAUACGUCAAUUCAACUGUUCUCCUCAUCCUUACUGGCUGCCUAACUUUAUGGACGUAUUUACAUGGUCUUUGCCAUUUGUCGGGGAGAAAGUAACAGAAAUGCUUGUACAUAUUCUAAACAUUUGUUCUGACGAUGAGUUGAUGGCUGAAGGAGAUGAUACAUUCGAAGGUGGAAUGCCUUCAACGCGGAAAGAAAUCAUUAGGCAUAAAAUCAGAGCUAUUGGAAAAAUGGCACGAACAUUUUCUGUACUGAGGGAAGAGAGUGAGACAGUACUCCAACUUAAAGGCCUAACUCCAACUGGUUCGUUGCCGCUAGGCGUUCUUUCAGGAGGAAAACCGGCAAUCCAUCAAGCACUAAAAUGCAGCAAUGACCCACAGCAUCCGAUAAAGUCGUUUGAGGAUGCCAAGAAGUUGGAUCAAAUCAACGAACGAAUGCCACCAUCAAUGGCAACUGCAGCUACUGGUUCAAUAGCGUCAUCACAAAGUGGAAGCAGGGAAGCAUCACCGCGUCGACCUAAUUCUACGUCAAGCGCAACCAGUUUUAAGCCUGGCGGUUAA